GGGAAUCCCGCAGUAGAAGUUGGUUCGUAGACUGGUUGUUUAAUAGAGAUUUAUUUUGUGGCAAUUCUUGACCAUGCGGUUGAAUUCAACAGUGAUAGCCCUAACAGCCCUGACCUCAGGCUGUCUCGGGCUGGCCAUCAAGAACCAUGAAGACCAUCCCAUCUACAAAGAUCCCUCAUACUCCGUCGACGACCGCGUCCAAGACCUCCUGCACCGCAUGACAAUCGAAGAAAAGGCCGGACAGCUCUUCCACGCCCGUCUAUCCGAAGGGCCGCUCGACGAUGCAGGCGAGGGAAACAGCACAGACACGAUGAUCGGGAAGCACAUGACGCACUUUAACCUCGCCAGCGACAUCACAAAUGCCACUGCCACUGCCGAAUUUGUGAACCGGGUCCAGAAACGGGCGUUGCGGACCAGGCUCGGGAUUCCGGUUACCCUGUCCUCUGAUCCUAGGCAUGCAUUCACGGACAAUGUGGGCACGGGGUUCCAGGCUGGUGUGUUUUCACAGUGGCCUGAGAGUCUGGGUCUUGCAGCCUUGAGGGAUCCUCAGCUUGUGAGAGAGUUUGCGGAAAUUGCAAGAGAGGAGUACCUGGCUGUUGGUCUUCGCGCUGCGCUGCACCCGCAGGUCGAUAUAUCCACAGAACCUCGCUGGGCCAGGAUCAGCGGGACCUGGGGCGAGAACAGCACAUUAACCAGCGAGCUCAUCACCGAGUAUAUCAAGGGAUUCCAGGGGAACGACGGUAAACUGGGCCACAACUCCGUCAAGACGGUCACGAAGCAUUUCCCCGGCGGUGGACCGAUGGAGAACGGCGAAGACUCGCACUUUGUAUACGGCAAGAACCAGACAUAUCCUGGCGACAACUUCGACGAGCACUUGAUCCCUUUCAAGGCAGCGCUCGCAGCCGGUGCAACGGAGAUCAUGCCGUACUAUUCCCGCCCCAUUGGCACAAACUACGAACCCAUCGGGUUCUCCUUCAACAGGGAAAUCGUCACCGACCUUCUCCGGGGAGAGCUAGGAUUCGAGGGCAUCGUGGUCACAGACUGGGGGCUCGUCACGGACGGCUAUAUCGGGACGCAGUAUAUGCCUGCGCGUGCGUGGGGGGUCGAAUCCCUCAGCGAGCUGGAGCGUACAGCCAAGAUCCUCGACGCAGGCUGUGACCAGUUCGGCGGCGAGGAGAGACCUGAGCUGGUCGUGCAGCUUGUGAAUGAAGGCAUCAUAUCGGAAGAGCGCAUCGACGUCUCCGUAGCCAGACUACUGAGGGAAAAGUUCAUUCUCGGACUGUUCGAUAACCCCUUCGUCGACGUCGCAGCCGCCAACAAGAUCGUUGGUCAGGAGGACUUCGUCCAGAGAGGAAGAGACGCGCAGAGACGGUCAUAUACCCUCUUGACAAACAAGGAGAGUGUCCUCCCCCUAUCAGAACCCUCUCGCUCUACCAAGUUCUAUAUCGAGGGCUUCGACCGCGCAUUCAUGACCGAGCGCAACUAUACCGUCGUCUCCAGCCCCAAUCAAGCUGACUUUGCACUCCUCCGGUAUAACGCUCCAUACGAACCACGCAAUGGCUCCUUCGAAGCCAGCUUCCACGCGGGCUCGCUCGCAUUCAACGCGACUGAAAAGGCGCGCCAGGCUAAGAUCUUCUCUGCCGUGCCUACGAUUGUCGAUAUCGCUCUGGAUCGGCCGGCUGUGAUUCCCGAGAUUGUGGAGCAGGCGCAGGCUGUGCUGGCGAAUUAUGGGAGUGAUAGCGAGGCAUUCCUGGAUGUGGUCUUUGGUCGGAGUAGUCCUGAGGGUAAGAUUCCGUUUGAUUUGCCCAGGUCGAUGGAGGAGGUUGAAGGGCAGGCGGAGGAUGUGCCCUUUGAUACGCUGAAUCCGGUCUUUAAAUAUGGGCAUGGAUUGAGUUAUGGAAGUUAUUGAGCUUCAUUUAUACAGUUAGCAAUUGACUUGUAUACAGCACA